AUGCUUGACGAAACUCUCAACCAAAUCACCGCAUAUUAUUAUCCAAUAUAUUUCGGACUUGGGAUAACUCUAAAUCUUCUUCUAUAUUAUCUAAUCUUCACCAAAACCACCCGAGUCUUCAAAUCAAUGAAACUCUUUCUGAUCCCAGCCAACACAUCAACAAUGAUUCUCUCGAUUCUAACCUUCUCCCUACAAGUUCGAACAGUGAAUAAUGAAAAGAGUUUGGCUGUGAUGGGACAAGGUUUUUGCAAAUAUAUCGGGCCUGAAGCCUGUUUCCAUUCCUAUAUUUUAUUAUUAGUGAGUCAGGGAAAUUACAUAGGUUUUUUAUUGGAAACGAAAAAAAUGAUGCUAUUCUAGCGGAAAUGAAAAAUUGUUCAAUAGAUCGAAAGAGACAAAUUUGAUUUUUCAGACCUUCACAAGCAUCGUUGGAAUAAUGAAUUUGCACACAAUUUAUUAUCGAAUGAUCUCAAUGAAGUACCAAGAUCGAAAAUAUAUCCGAAGAAAAAUAACUCUAUUUUGCUUUCAUUAUUUAGUUCCACUAUUAGUUUUAGUAAGAGAAAAACAAUAAUUUACAACCCACUUACGCGUAAUUUAAUCAUAUUCAGGUGCUUUCAUAUAUUCCAAAAAUGGACAUGACUGCUGUCUAUAAAGAAACACUUAAUGAGCACAAUGAUUAUCAUUUCGAGCCUUUUGGGGAAUUUGGAGGAUUUGUGAAUUCACAUAGUAUUUAUCAGACAAUGGUUACUUUGUGCCUGGCAAUAAUGACGAUUUACGCUCCAAUUUUUGGCUAUUAUUGUAGGAGGAAUGCGUUAAAAAUACUAAAUUCUACCAAAAAAUCGUUGUCCGAGAAAAGUAUUAUGCAAUUCAAGUCACUGAUACAGGUAGGAACGAUUUGAAAAUAAAACAUCGUUUUUACAUUCUGUCUGACUUUUUUAUCGAAGAUAAAGGGCCUUAUGGGCUUCUAGAAGCCUUAUAGGCUUCUAGAACUCCUGAAUCAGUUCCAGCACUUCUCAAAACCUUUCUCAUUCCAGGGUCUAACCUUACAAAUAAUGCUUCCACUAAUUUGCUACGUACCAGUCGCAACUUUCUUCGUCUACAAUAAAUACAGUGGAUAUGGCCAAUUACUAUUCUCCCAAUAUUUAAUCGGAAUGCUAUCCACUUUGCCAGCAGUUCUAGACCCAUUACUAACAAUUUAUUUUAUUGUGCCUUAUCGAAACGCGCUGUUCAACAUUUUCAAACAUCGUCAAAGUUCAGCCGUUGAGACUGAGAAUAUUGUCUUUCAUAAAAGCUCAAUAAUGAUCCCAAACGUGGCUUAA